CUCAAACAAAGAUGGCGGGCCUUGCACGCCUGCUCGGAAGGCUCUCUCUUCAUCCUAGCACAGGUUGCUUCGCCCAUGCAAAAACUACAGAAUGCUUACUCAAGCCCUCCAUCACACCUACAGUUUCUGCUGAAGCAGUGAGAGGCACAAGCUUCUUCGUGAAACUUACCGCCGAGCAGUUGUGGAAAGGAGUGACAAGUGUGAGCAAUGCGGGCCGCAAAAGAGGUCGAGCUGCCGGCUCUUCGCGGAAGCUAGCAAAGGACCUAAACAAGGGCCAAGUUCUCGGCGUCGGCAAGGUGAACAUGGUCUGGCCAGGCCUUAAUGCACCGAUCGUGCGUGGCCGUGAAGUCGUGGAGAGGGUGCAACUGCCACCAGACAAGGAGCGCGAACAACGGCUCAUUGAGCUGCGCAAUGCCAUGCACAGUUUUUCGCCGCCAAAGUUGACGCCACUCGAGCGUGGUUGGAGUGGGCACCGCAUGCCCGGGCGCAGCAUUGGUCCUCCAGACCCCGUCGGAGACAUCACGUUUGACACAUUUGACACCAUUGUCCUCGAGCUCCGAAUAGUCACCCGAAUGACAGGCAACCUUGGUAGGAUGCGACGUCACAAGGCUUUGGUAGUUGUUGGGAACAAAAACGGCCUGAUUGGUUUUGCAGGCGGCAAAGCAAAUGAUGCGAGAUCAGCACUGCGUGUGGCAAAAAACAAAGCAAUACAGCGGCUGAGGUACAUCGACAGGUUCGAGGACCACACGGUGUACCACGACUACUUCUCACAGUAUGGACCAAUGAAAGUGUGGGUACGCAAGAAACCAAGAGGCUAUGGCCUGAAGUGUCAGCGGGUCUUCCGGGAGAUCUGCAAGCUGGUGGGCAUCACGGACCUCCAUGCCGAGCUGGUCGGAUGUCGGGCCCGCUCCGCCUCCAAUCUUGUUCGAGCCUUCAUCCUCGGUCUCCACAACCAGAAGACGCAUCAACGGCUGGCAGACGAGAAGCGACUGCACUUGGUGGAGUACAAGGAUGAGACCGACAACUACCCACGUGUAGUGGCCUCUCCACGGGACGGAUGCCGCACCGCCGCCGAGAUUGGCAGGGACGAGGAGCUCGACUUUGACCUGGUCGUUGCAGAGGGGCGCCUGUUGAGGGAGCGGAAAAAAAUUGAGCCCUGGUACGUCAGGCACGAUCCAAAGGGCUGGGAAACUCAUCUGAAAAAGACCGACCCGUUCCGAAAUGCCUACAACACACGCCUGCAACUGAUGCACCGGUACGGCAAGCUGUGCAGCUUUGUCAAUCCGGACGGGUUCAGUGCCUACCAACGCAAGGAGGACGACAGCUCCUAACUUUUUCCUACGGGCCCUGUACUGUUUUAAAUAAAUGUUGUAGAGCUUUC